AUGGCCUCCCUUGCCCAGCGCCUGAGCUUCUGGAUCUUCGGCGGUGAGAGCCCCCCUCAAGUGCCGCACCCCGAAUAUAUUGACCCAAUCAUUCUGGAGGCCCGGUUCAUGUUGAAUCUCAAGAUGCCUCUCAAGGAAGACACAACAAGGGAGGAGAUAAUUGCGAUGGUGAACAACGCAGUGACAGACAGGGAGCUGCAGGCACACGGGCUGAUGGCCAUGAAGGAGAAACUGGGGCUCGAAUUCGAUAGAAAACUAAACCCAAAUAUGCCAGAGCCCCGGUACUGGCAGCCCAAAGACACCUUCAAAUCGAACUAG